CAAAGGUGCACGAGGAUCAAAGCCUUACAAAAAUGAACGAGUGUAUAACAUUAUUAGAACAUGAGAUCGAAGCAGGCAAGAAAGCGUUUGAAGAAGUACUUCAUGCAGAGAUCGUCUCAAGACAAACUCAGAAUGAACAAACUUUGGAUAAAUGUAAUGAACUUCACGAGAAGUUGGCUGUUGCCGUGGCAACGUUACAACAGGCGAUCUCCGGUGUGACGUCACAGACACAGGAAGCCGUCGAACAAGUAAGGUUUGAUAAUGAAAAUUAAAACAUAAUGACCCAGUGUAGUUAGGAUUCUACAAUAAAAUAAGCUGUCGUGGUUUGUGUCUGAACUAACUGAAAAAGAUAUCUCGAACGUGGUGGUCCAGUGUAGAUAGUAUUCUACAAUAAGCUGAUACCAUGAUUAUAAUCUAGCUAUCUUAUUAUUAAUUGUACUUAAUAAAUAUUCAUUGUAUUUUUUUACAGGCAAGGAACGAAAUUUUCGCAAUGUUAGACGACUCCAAUAACUUGGGAGUUCGAGGUCUAGCUGACUUUGACAGCAGAUUAACGAACCUUAAUAAACACGUAGCCGAACUAGAGGAGGCCAUUGAGAGUCGUCCCCGGCCCCCAUCUACCCCUCCUGGUAACAUCGUGGAGGGGGUCCCUCCCAGUGAAGACUACGAGAGGUUGAAUAGGAAAGUUGAUCGUGCUUAUAAAUGGCAAGAAGGAGCAGAGAAGACGUUGAGGGACAUGAAUACUAAAUUACAACCUCUACACGGCGAGGUAUGUCUUUAUUCAAUUCAAUUUAUUAACUUUGCCAAAAUUCAAAUAACAUAACACAAAAACUGGCAGGGCAAUCGCAACAGCUUGCGCCAAUUACUGCGAUCCCUAAAUGUUAGAAAUAUAUACUAUGUAGGUACAUAGAAAAAUUAAAACAAUUCCUAACGAACUAUCAGACACUUUUCACAUUGCGACCCGCAGGACCACUUCCAUUUUCGGAAGCUGACUGAGUCAGAUAGUAAUGAAAUUUUUUGUAAAAUUUUGACGUGACAUAUAGUGAAACCCUCACAAUCCUAAACCUUCAGCAAAACUCUGAAUAGGCCCCAUAGAUAUCAAUGCGAAAAGGUACUUUUGAACUUUGGAUUAAAAUCUAAAAAUAUGUGUGAAGCUUUGUUACUUCUGCCUGGGGCGGGUUGUUCAAAGCUGGAUUAGCCCUAACCUUCGGUUAAAAUUUAACUUGCUGUUUUAGUUUAUGUGUUUCUGCACGUCUGUUUAUUUCACAACUUCAGAGAAGAAAACUCCUACUGAUCCAGACAAGAUUUCUAAAAAAAUAUUUCCAAAUUUAUGAACAAGCUGUCAGAAAGUUUGUUUUGAAUUUUAGGUUAACCCUUUGAACAACCGGUCCCAGGGGGGGAGGGGGUGUUUUCAUCCGUGUCUGUCUGUUUCUCUGUCUGUGUGUUUGUCAUCACGAUGUUUUACGCACCCGUGAGUUCAGCAUAGUGCUCUGCAUUCAAAUUCCAACAAUAGUUUGAUUUCUAAAGGUUUCAGGUUUUUUUAUACACCCGUAGAGCUUUCACUCAUUGGCAGUUGUCCAAAAGAUGCGCUAUCCUCUGAAGCAUUUUUGAUUCCACCUGUGUACACUAGCAUGUAUUUGAUAACAAUUCUUCUCGUUGGCCAUCUGCUAACACGUGUAAUAUGUGUAUUUUUUAUUAGUUAUCGAAAUUGAAGGUUGCAAUUGAAGAUCUUGAAAAUGAAAUGGAAGCUAGGAGAUUGGCACGACUUGCAAGGUAUGGCAUUUGAACUUUUAUUUAUACUGGGUAUCUCUGGCAUCGUCGAAAUAUUUUUUGUUGUAAUUUAAUCAAACUGCAUACACCUUGUAUUACGACUUUAAUAGUGUCUAUUUUGACCUACAAUAUAGUCGUGUGCCAUCCAGUACUAUAUUGCAUAGGUCAAAUCGGCAAAAAAUUUAUAUUUUGAUCAGGUGGGAUGAAGCCUAAAUAUGGAAAAUUUUAUCCCACUUGACUCAGAGUCACAGAUCCCACCUAGUGCAAGGUGAGAUCUCCUCUAACCGGGCUGGCUCAUGUGAACACAAAUUUAUGAUCUGACUCAGGCGAGUUUCCCUGUUGUUAGCUGAGCCCAUAUGAGAAGGCUCUUAUAUGAUAUUUGAAGCAUGUUAAUACCGUCGAAGCAGACACCUUCCUUAGUACAGACAUUUUUUAGUACGAACAGUUUUCAAUGUUCCGACGUACAUAAUUCUUAUAUAUUAUCAAAAAUGAUAUCUAUCUAAAAGACUACUUUACUGUGCCCCUUUUGUGUUAGUAUUAAAAAAUUUGACUGUAAUAAGAAUUAUUUUGUUAUAGUUUGGGUGAUGAAGAAACCCCUGCUAAACCUGAAACGCCCGCGAAACCUGGAACACCCGCAGAAACGCCUGCGCAUGAUCCAGACCUUGAGAAGAAAGUCCAGAAAGCUGAAGACGAAAUUGUCCAGGUACUGAUUGUCACUUUAUGAUAUCUCGAUAAUGGCUACAGUGUGUCAACAUCUGUGGGUGAUAUCGUGAAGUGGGUCUGACAAUUGCACCCUGCACCGAAGCCCCAUGGUGCGAUAAUCUAAGAUUCUUAGUCGUACCUGACUGUUACUCCAAUGGUUAUUUUAAUCUUUUUCAUUGCAGAUAUCAACUCAGAUGGAGAAACUUGAAAACACUGUCAACACAUUAAGAACAGUGUUGUCACAGAAAAUAUCUUCAGAAGCCAAAACCGUAAGUACUCGUUGAGUUGUGUGAAUACAAUAUACCGUUGUGUUUCUUUACUUUGCAAUUUUCGGCCAUAGACAUUUUCGCCUAGAAAAGAUUCUCCAUUGUGCUGCGCAGAUUCGAUCUAGUAUAGACUUUAGUGCUUAUUGCUUUUUUCCCCAAUGGUCUCGUUUUCGUGUUUUCGCAUGGUUAUAUACCCAUGUUUCUUGCACCAAUAUGUUAAUUUCUCUUUGAUCUUGAGCACAAUCACAAGCCUAUAUUGUAGACGAUACAUAAUUCAACCAGCAUGGUUGUACAAUACUGAGAACGAAACCGAUUGUUUGUCCUUGCACUUUCAAACGUCUGAACGGUCUAGUUUUGAAAAUGUAACAAGGGUUUAGAUUUAUUUCAGAUGCACAUUUAAUCCUAAACACCUACAUUGAAAUCGAAACAUACCAACAUAUGCGAAUAAGACUUUUGCACUCUGCCAUCAUUUGACAUCUUUACAUUUCAUUCAUUUGCAAACUUCAAAAUAUUUGUAAUCCUAUAUGCAUGGACACAAUCUGCACAAAAUAUGAAUGGGAGGUGGGGGUUCAACCCCAUGACCCCCCCCCCCCUUCCACUGCAUCAUUGCUCAAAGUACGCGUGGAUGUGGGGGGUUAACAUGCACGAGAUUCAAUUUUUUAUAUGUAACCGUUGUUUUUUUGUGGUUGAAUGAUUGAUACACAGAGAAGUAGCAAUAUUUCGGAACUUAAAGAGCAGUUGAAAGAGAUCCAGAAAACGAUCGAGGAGGAAGAAUCCGAGAAUAAUAAUGAUGCGACUGAUAAUGAUGAUAAAGAGGAGAAUUCUAAGAAAGACGAUGAAGACAACGAAAAUUCCGGAAAAGAUUCCGAGAACAAUUCUGGGAAUAAAGAUCAAGAUUCCAAUAAAGAUGCUGGAGGAGAAUCGUAAGAUGAAUAUAAUCAGGAAAAUGUCUAGAAAUUGGAGGUGAUCGCUUUAGUUUUCUUUGAAGUAAAACCGAGAUGAGUCGUUAAAUAUUGUUAAUCUUCAACGAAAUUGUGGAUAAAAUAAAGUUUCACAUAAAUGAUUAAAUGAACUGUCAACGGCCCCAGGCCACUUUGUUAAUUCAUUAUUUUAACAAUGUAAAUAUACAAAAAAUUAUUUUCAUAACAUAGCAGCAAAUAAAUUAGUAAAAUGUUUAAUUAGUAAAAUUUACAGAUAAAUUAGUAAAGUGUAAAAUUAAAUUUCAAUUUUCAUGAUACAAAACAUGAAUAAAUCUGAAUACUUCGAGUCAGUGAACUUUCCUUAUUCAUAAACGAAACGGAAGAAAUCAACCUAAAUGUUGUUAAAUUGUUGUAUAAAUUGCUUGUUAGUAGAUAAGGUUUACCAAUAAAUUGUAUACGUGGUAUAAUUGAACGCAUGUAUAAAUGUAAUAAAAAUUUAAAUGUUCGAGCUUUUUGUAGAGAAUAAUAUGUGGUCUAAGAAAUUAUUAAAUCAUACAGAAUAUUUUUGUUAUAUAAUAACUAUAUUUGAUGAGAUUAAAAAUAUGAAACAUAAUUUUUAAAUAAAGAAUAUAAAAUGUUUUGCCUUUAAACUUUUUGUUGUAAUUAGUUUAAUAAAAAACAAAAUUAUUUUUAAUGUGAAUUAUUAAAAUAAAAGCCAACGGUACAAAGGGUAAAUUUACUGAUUAAACUGUGUAUGUUUAUUAUCGUUACUCUGCUACUGUUACAGUUAAACGUAGUUUUAUAGAGGAGAAAGUGUCGAUUUUAAGAUAAUCUGUUAGUGUUUUAUCCUUCAAUGGGCUACUUUCAAGCCUAUUUUCCAUUCCAACCGUUUUGUCCCGAAAUGUAGCUUAUUUCUUUGUUUCCUGAACACUCGGUAGAGUGUCUUUUAUACCCGUGGGAAAAAACGUCGUGGUACAUUCUGUUACGGUUGACUUGGAAAACAGGAUCUAGCCGGAGUAAAUUAAGCUAUAAAAAGUAAACAAAUUUAAUUACCAUGGAUAGCUUUAUCAACUGUUACUAUCGACUCGAUUACCGGCCGUAUAGGGCCUUGAGUUCGGUCGGUGAUAUUCCCCUAAUGGCAGCUGGUCAUCGAGUCCAGUACAUAGUCUGGUAUUACCACUGCAGAAGAAAACAGGAGUUCCCCGAGAAUGCUUGUGGUAUUUUAUAUAAUGAAAAUGCACUCUUCACACAUUCAAGUGAGGCGAAAAUUAUAAUCAGAAACAGCAUAUUGCAUUCAUGAAUGUCACAAACACUUAAUUGUCAGAGUAUAAUUAUUAAGAUAUUGCCACAUGAUAAAUCCCCAAAACUGAUACAUCUUUUCAUUCACAGGUGGAACAAAUGCGAGAAAUAUUUAGUGGGGACAUCGAGAAGAUUGUUAACUAUUUUCUCAGAGAACAACGGCGUGUGUUUGUUAAACAUCGCACUAUGGAUGCUAAAGUCUACCGUCCAGAUUUGACCAAGGACGGUGAACAACAGGCUCAUUCCAUGCAUCUCGCUUUGCUCGGUAUCAACAGAUGGGGUUUAUAUGAAGCCUACAGGAUGCUCAAGAUUAAGCAAGCUUGGUUUAGAGUGGUUGAAAACAAGGACAAUAAGCCGACUUCGGACGAGAACUAUAUGAACUACGAUACAAAAGAAAAAGAGUCGGAGAGCGAAGAUGAGGAAAAAAGUGACGGAAAAGUGGAAGAUAAGGAAAGUGAUAAAGAGGAAAGUGGAAAAGAUGAUGAUGAUAAGAGUGAUGAUGAGGAAAAGAGUGAUGAAGAUGAGAAAGAAAGUGAGGAAGAGGAGAGCGAAGUGGAAGAAAGCGAGGAGGAAGAUGAGGACACAGAAGAUGAAAGUGAAGAUGAUGACGAGGAAGAGGACGAAAAAGAAAGUGAAAGUGGAGAGGAAACAGAAGGGGAAAAUAAAAAGAAAGACGAGAAACUUCCAGCCAAGCCGCAGGCGAAACCUGAAAGCAAACCACAGGCAAAGCCUGACGGGGCAAGCAAGGCUGGCUCGCCUAGUGAUAAAAAGAAAUAGUAGUAUAGAGCAACGCAAAGAUGGCAAAUAUAGCUAGAUGUAAACGGUACGAUGCAAGUAGGGACCUUUAGCUAGCAGGACGGCUGUUAAUGAUAGUGUUGAAAACAAUAAUAAAGAGUUCCUUACGAGUUAUGGACGUCGUCCUUGUUCUGUUUACAUCAAAUACAAGAGCGAACCAAAGAUUUAUACGUCUUCUAUGCAACGCCGACGUUUCAAAUUUGUCGCGAGAAGUGGCACCUAAUAUCAAUUCAUACAACAGAUAAUACACAACAACGUCGCGUUGCAGUCCCACAAUCUAAAGGUUCCUAGUAUUAUCAGCAUACACAAGACUGUUAAAAUGCACCAACUUUUACGUACUAUGUACACUCUAUAGGUGGGUUUCACUCAAGACUUAUACAAUAGGGAAACGCUUGUUGGUCAGCUUUACACAUAUUGCCGUCUUGUGGAUAUUGCAUAUAUUUGAUACCAAACACAAGAUCAAUACUUAUAAUGAAUAUUUAACUCUAUCCGAUAAAUGCGUUUCCAUUUGGAGUUGACCACCAAGCGCUAAACGUAUCACGUGACUGAAACCCAGCUAUAGACUAAAUGAGCUAACGAUGUUGAAUAACUAACAUGCCUAGCUUGCUGAGCAGAACGAAAUUUGGGGUUGCGAGCGGCUAUACCAUGCCCAGUUGAGGUGGGAAACAGGCGGCUUAAACGUCAGUUUACACUUGUACUCCUGCUGCGAUAUUUAGUGCGAUUUUCUUCUUCUGAUGGAUGUGAACGAAUAGAUGAGUUACGAAUGUUCUGAGUAUGUGUUCCCUCAUGUGAACAUUCAUAACUCGUCCACUAAGUUUACAAUCCAUGAGAAGAAGAAAGUCUUACCAAAAAUCGUAGUGUAAAUUGGUCUUAAAGAUUACGGGAACAACAGCUAGGCAAAGAGUGAACGCUUAAAACAGUUAGGACCACUUUCACAUAACAAAACAACGCAAAAAUAUAGAACAAAGUGUAGAUUUAUUACUGAUGUACAUAUAUUAAUGCCAUUACAUAUCAUAGUGUGUUAUUAAUAAUCUACUAGGGUUGCACCAGUGUUCAAUGUUAGAGAGGUUUAGAUUUCACUUCCACUACCGCUACCUCUCACUGACUUAGUACGCAUCUGAUUGGUUAAUCGGAUAUAUUAAAGGCAUCUGAUUGGUUAAUCGAAUAGAUCAAACGCAUUUGAUUGGUUAAUCGGAUAUGUCAAACGCAUCUGAUUGGUUAAUCGAAUAUAUCAAACGCGUCUGAUUGGUUAAUCGGAUAUAACAAAGGCAUCUGAUUGGUUAAUCGGAUAUAUCAAACGCAUCUGAUUGGUUAAUCGGAUAUAUCAAACGCAUCUGAUUGGUUAAUGGUCCCUUAAUGGUGGUGGAAGUCAAAUCUGAACCUGUUAUCUUUGGGAAAACAGUAGGGGUCGGUUGUUAAACACGAUUAGCGAUAAUCCUAGGUUAGAAAAAACUUCAAAUUUAACCCGCCGUAUUGGUUUGCGCAUUUCUAUUGUAUAGCUUUAGGCCUGUUUUAUACGUCGAAUUUUGGUCGCGACAAAUGCAAUUAAGAUAAUACUCAAUAGAUAAUGAGAUGAUAAACCUCAUUAAACUUCAUUAUCUAUUGUUUGAAUUGCAUCCGACGUGACCGAAAUUCGACGUAUAAAACAGGCCAAAGUGAAUAGGAGUAAAACUUUCAUUGAUUGAGACCCGAUUUUUUAAAAAGUAUUUCUAAGUUUGUAAACAACUGUUGGGAGACUUGCUUUCAUGUUCUACACUGACCUAGGAUUCCGCUAAUCGACUUUCAAACAACUUGUCCCGGACUGGUAUAGUGGAUACACGUGUUAAAAUAUAUACAUACUGUGUACAGUCAAACUGUAAAAUAAUUACAAUGUAAUUUAUACACCAAGUUAUUUAAAAAAUGUAAAAUUUGUAUAUACAAAGGAAUUGUAGUAAACAGUUUGAAUACAUGCAUUUUCUUGCUAAUAAUUUUUUAUCAAGUUUGUCAUCAAAUCAGUAAGCUGUCUGCUGAAAUGCUCAGUAGUACUUCUCGCAGCUUGUUAGUCACUGUAUCAUGUGUGGAAUUCCAUUGUUCGUUAAUGGUCGUGGCUAAAGGGGAUGGACUAGAGGCAGGUUUUCAAGAUGGCCGCCAGUUUUUAAGAUCAUUAAAACGUAAAAGAAUCGUCAACCAGCCACUUGCAACAAUACUAAACCUUACCCCACACCUAACCCUAACCCCCACACUAAUACUAUAACGCAAACUCUUAUUUCAAUUUUGGAACCAUCUCGUAAACUACCUCUCGUUCAUCCCUUUUAGACAUUACAGUUCGGUUUCCAUAGGGUUUCCAAAACACUAUCUCAGGCAGCAGAUGGUCAACCUAGUAAAAUGAAUAUAACGCUACCUCUAACCAAAAUUUGAAGCCAAAACUUGAAGGCCAGUCCAAGUCUUUUCACGCGUGCAAAGAGCAUGGAACAUGAAUACGAAAAAAAGCUUUUUAACAGCGCUGAAAACUUUCUAUUAAUGCAUUUAUCCAGUUUAAACUUCCUUUGAAGUAUAAACACGGAGGUCUUGAUUUGACUUCAAGAAAAAGAUAGGCAGUUUAUCUGAAGCUAUUAGUUCCAGUUAUAUUCAUUUCACUAUAGGUAAACCCAAGUCCCAAGGAUGGCAAAU